GCGGGUCCGGGCGGCUCCGGGCAGCGAUAACGGGGAGCGCCGGGUCCGCUGUCACAGCGCGAUGGGAGGGCUGCGAGACCGCACCGCCAGCUCGUUGCCUUUCUGAGAAAACGGCUUUUAUCCAUACUCCGAGCAACAAGCUGCCAGUGCCAGGAUCUGUCUGCUGUUCUUUUUCCUCUUCCAUUGGACCGCCAACGCUUUUUCGAUUUAGUGACAAGCUGGGUGUGAUCGUCACGAACAAAGUGUGGGUUUGAUGGCUGCUAAAUCAGCAUUUACUCCUACGUACCGAUCCUAAAAAAUAAGGGACGGAAAAGUCUGCUUGUGUAAUCUUUUUAUAAAGGGAAAGAGCGCUGUUGUGUUGGGUUUGUUUUUUUCUAUUUUUGUCUUCGUCUGUUUGGAUUUCUUUUUAAACUUAUGAAAAAUGGCAACAGCAGCAUAUGUGGAUCAUUUUGCAGCAGAGUGCCUUGUUUCUAUGUCAAGUCGUGCUGUUAUCCAUAGUCCCAAAGGGGAGCCUGAUCCCCAACCUGAUGCAGCAAUACUUCCUUCAUCCAAUGGAGAAGAUAGACGGGAAGUCAGAGAAACCGGGAAAGACAAUGGAUCAUCACUACUUGUGGUAGCUAGCAUUUUAGCAGAUCUAAACCAGCAUGUCCCAAACUCACGUGCUCUAAGGACAGAAAAAACAGAGACGCUUGAUAUAGCAGAAAAAAUACACAUUUCUCUUGCUCCUAAGGAGUUUGGGGAAGAAAGUCUGUCUUCAGCUGGUAAGCGUGGAGGAGAAAGAGCAGCCACACCUACUAGCCUGGCUGCAGUAACUGAGCCAAGCCCCAGACAAAAGAACAAACGCAUAAGAAGCUGGACUGACCCUGGAUCACCCCAGAAAAAGCACAAAUGCCACUAUGUGGGGUGUGAAAAAGUUUAUGGCAAAUCUUCCCAUCUUAAAGCUCAUCUAAGGACCCAUACAGGUGAGCGGCCCUUUGAAUGCAGCUGGCAGGGCUGUAACAAGAAGUUCGCUCGCUCGGACGAGCUGGCCCGGCACUACCGCACUCACACCGGAGAGAAGAAGUUCAGCUGCCCGCUGUGCGAGAAACGCUUCAUGCGCAGCGACCACCUGACGAAGCACGCCCGGCGCCACGCCAACUUCCACCCCAGCAUGCUGCAGCGGCGGGGCGGCAGCGGCUCCCGGACAGGCUCCGUCAGUGACUACAGCCGCUCGGACGCCUCCAGCCCCACCACCAGCCCCGCCAGCUCCCCAUAGCCUACCUGCACUGGAUGUCAGCACUUUGCCUCUAAUGCCUAACCUGGAGUUUUGUUUGUGUUGCACACAUUUUAAAAACUCUGUUGCUUCCCUUCCUUCGGUUCCCACCCUUUCUUUUUAAAAAAAUCAGUAAAUAGCUGCCUCCCACUGCAAUUUUUAGUCAGAUUUUCUUUACCCAACCACACAAGUGGCUAUUCUAACCUCAUGGACAGACAAAUUUACAUGUUACGCUUAGUGACUCCUACUGUCUCAAUAUUUCAUAUAUUUUGCAACCAUUUAUGGAUCCUCUCCAUUAUUAUUUAUAAGAAAAUGAAAAAAAGUCUUUAAAAAAAAAAGGAAAAAAAUCCGCUUAAUUCACCUCAGGUGUCAAAGUAGUUUGUAAAACCGGAUUGCACAAUAUAAGCAUACAUACACUUAAAAAUCAACUGUGUUGGAUUUGUGUCCCCUUUCUCCUUUCUCAGGGAUGGAUAUUUAUGUUACACAAUAACUACAAUGAAGACACACCCUAACCAUGGCCUUACUCUGUAGAUAUAAUUGCACUCAAAAGCUUUUUGUUGGGUUCUUCACACACUGGGGAAAAACUAAAAAACAAGCAAACAAUACAGAAAGCAAUCCAAUACUGGAAUGUAGUACCGGACUCUUCCAUCGUUCGUUUUCCUGGUUUUACACCUGUGUUGGGAGUGUCCAAACAGGAGGCUUGUAUUUCUUCAGGCUGCCCUCUGCUUAUGGGAGCAAGCUGUCUUCUCACUUCCUGCUGAAGAUGCUCCAAAACCAACUUCCAUUUGCAAAUUCUCUGUGAGGUUCAUAAACUUGCUUGUUGGUUUGUGUCAUGCUAGUUAAAAUUCUGAGCAAAAAUUUCAACAAGAUGCCUUAAAUAAGUAACCUAAAUCAUAAAUAAACAAAUUUACUCUGGGUAACAUUUUAUGGCAAGGUGGCCUGGAAUCUCGGAGGCAUUCUGUUCUCACUCUCUCCAAGUUGUCUGCACUGCCUGUUCAGUAUGAGACCAACAGAAUAUUCAAAUCAAACCACACUGACUUGAACAAUUUCCUUUCUUUCUGCUUCCUUUGUUUUGUUUGUUUGGUUGUUGUUUUUUUUUUAAUGAACUACGGAAAUAGCAUUACUGAACCAAUGCCCCCAAAACUGUUAUCAAGGUACUUACCUACUGUACAGCUGUAUCUUAGAAAGAAAAAUUGGCUAAGACAUAGUUUCUGUAUCCUGUUGCAUCAAAAUUGUGGUCAUUGAUAAAAGGAAGUGAAAAUCAUAAGGUAUCUUCUGACUGGAAUAAUAAAAUAUGCAUUUUUAAUUUUAAAACAAAAUGACAUUAUAGCUCAGCACUCCUUCAAGUUUCUCAAAAAUACACACACCAGCAUAAAGCAAGGUGCUCUUAUUUCUGAAUAACUGCUUAAGAACAGAAAGGGAAUAUUGUCUAGUUUUCAAUAACUUUCAAAUACUUAACACUAGAUAGAGCACAAGGAGAUAGAUUUUUAUGUUUUAUAUGGUAGAAAAUACAGUAGAAGACCAGGAGCAUACUAAUGUAUAGAAAACCUCACUGGCAGCAAAUACACUUUCCUUGGUUUGUGUGGGUCUGAUGGUGCAUAUUAUCCAUUCAGGUCCUUUUGAUUCUGGAAUUUUGGGAUGUUUGCUGUUUUUACUGUAGGGUAUAAAUGCAAUUAAGUGUAGCAUGGUGAAAAGAAACUCUCUACACCAAACCUGUCAUUUAAUAUGAAGUGAAUGCCUCCAGAUUCCCAAUGAACCUGUAUCUUACUUGCUGCUUUGCAUUGAUCCAUUUUUGCAAGGUUUCAUUGUACUGUAUGUUAACUGUGAGAAGCUAAUAUAGAUUUCCAAGUAGUUUCAUAGGUACUUCCAUAAUAUACAUUAUUCCUAAUACUACAUGUUCUAUUAGUUGUAUAGAUAAAUACUCUAAGUAUGUAUCAAUACAACUAUAAAUCUAAACAAGUGCUGAUGUUUCAGUAUUUUUUAAUGUUAAUUUACUUCAGAUUCCACCUCUGUUAAUUUUGCCCUUUGAAUUGGAAGUCGUGACAGGCACAAUUCUACUGUUUUAUUUCACGGAAAAUGAAAGAACAUAGUAAGGGUUUUUUGCAAGAUGACAAAGAGAGUUAAUGUGCUGAGUUGCCCCACCUCUGGGGUUAGGGGAAAACCAGAUCUGUUGGUCUCAACAGAUUUCCUCUUUCUUUUUUUUUUUUCAUCUCAUGUACUGAGAUGCACAGUUUUAUCAACUUGAUAGAAUUCAGGUAACAGGAAUUCACAUUCCAGUAUUUUCUGCGACUCCUAGAAGUGCUCUUGUGCUGUAGUUAGUAGAGAGGCAUGUAGCUCAAGGAAUUCUACAGGUCAGCUGUGUCUUGUGCACAUACUUCAAAACAAGUCAAACACAUUUCUCAUGAUACCUUAAGAGAGGUAUAUGGAGGAGAGAGGGAACAACCAAAAUAAAAGAGCACUAUGUAUUGGCAAACAUUAUAGGCUUAAUUUUUUUGUAAAAUUACCUUUUCCAACGAGAGCUUAAUUUAAUCUUCAGGAAAGGAGGAACCACUCCAGUUCAUUUAUUUAGGACUUAAUAAUUCAUCAUGAAUCAGUUUAUGCUUUAACCUGGAGAAGGGAUAUUUACACCAGGUUUUAUUAGUACUGAGAUUAUAGGAUAUAAAGGUUAUGGGACAACCUGUUCUGAGGGACACAGAACUAUGUAAUCUUUAACUCAAACAGUGAACUAACAUUUUACUCAUAUUCUUCAUAGAUAUUACUAACAGUUCUUCAAGUAUAAGCAGGAAAAAAUAAAUUGGUUCAAAGUCAAAUUUCCAGUUUAGUUGGUUCAUUUAAUGAGAACACUAUGGGACUGCAUAUAGCCAACAUAAUGAGACUUUCAGGAAAUAAUUUGAAAUUGGUCAUUAAAACUUUUCUGUUUUUACAUCUUAGCUGUAAAUACCUCAACAUGUAUUAGGUUGAAUUGAAUGUGAAUAAAAACUUCUCUUAAUAUUUGCAUAUGAAAAAAGAAUGUUUGGGGUUUUCUAGCAUCUGUUAGAUCUGCAGUCUGAUGAUCAGCAAGGUCAUCAGACUCUAUUCUCAUGAUGGUCCCUCCUGAGUUUUGCAGAUAUGAGAAGCCAGAACAGCUCAAAUUAUAUUUUGAAAUCUGUGUGCUUAUCCAAAGUAACCUCAGAUUUGUACCCUUCUGUUGUUUCACCCAGCAGUGUAAUCUAAAACAGUCUCCUGGCACAGCAACAAACACGUCACACUCAGGAAAUACUGCUCUGGCAAGGGGCAGGUUUCUCCAUCUGGAGGAGUGUGCAUCUCUCCUGCCUCCUUCUUUUCACCAUGCAAUCUUUUGAGGUGUUCUCACAAAAACAUUGCCAUUAUUGAUUUUUUUUUUAAUUUCAGAUGAUAGCAACAGCUUUAUUAUUAUUAAGAAAGCCCUGAAAGUUUGUUUUUCUCCAGCCAUGAUUCUAAGUGUUGAGCUGAACUGCCUUUCUAUAGGAAAUAGGUGCAAGUAAAAACCAUCACCUCGCUACCAGAUGAAAAUAAAGAUGCUCUUAGAAACUCAUUCACCCCUUCCAUUAACCUCUCCCAGUGCAAAGGCCUAAUGGCAAAAUGAAUUCAGUUUUCAUCCUGCUUCUUAGAAAGCAGUCCUGGUAAAUUCCUGGCAGCUAGAUUUUGUGAGAUUUUUUGUAUCUGCAAAUUAAUUGUUCCUUGCUUUUAUAAUACAUGCCUACUAUCUGUUUACAUAACUGCAAAGGUAUAUAUUUAUGACAAGUCAUCAAAAGCCUCUGUUCCAUGGUAAUGCCUAAUUUCUGCCUGUAUCCCACCCUCUUUACUGCACUAAGCCUUGCAAGAAGUUGUAGCUAUGAAAGCCUCUGUACACCUUUAAACCUCAUUACCCUCUACCCAGACAUUCAGCUCUCCCCUUGUCUCAUGCAGCCAGGCAUUAAAGGCUGUGUGAGGAGCAUACCUGUUUCACAAUUGCUCAUCUCCAGUGCUUUGUCACGAGUUACAGAAUUUGUACUUUGUGAAGUGCAGUGUUGUUUUUGCCUUUUCAUUGCCAUUAGAUUUACUAAUUUUAUCAGGUCAUGCCUACAAACUAACUUUCAGGUGCUCUUUUACUCCAUCACACCAUUUGUUUGUGCAUUAGGUGCUAAAAUCUAGUCUAUGUCAGUGAAUGGUAUGAUGAACAUCUGUAUUUGUAACUCUCGGGGAUAAGAGCUAUAGCCUUAGGCAGAAGAAAAUAUCCAAAUUAUACUUGUUUAUCCCAUAAGCCAGAAUAUAGAAUGCAAAAUCCCAUCCACUGGUAUAGGUUUUUAUAAAUAUAUAUAUUUAUAUAUCUGGAUUUAUAUAAGCAUAUGCACAUAUAUAUAAAUAGAUAGAUAUAUAUGUGUAUAUUGUAUAGUGUAUGUGUGUAUAUACAAAUACACAGCAGUGUGUCUGUACCACACACUGACCAAUGAAGGGAUGUCUACAGAGCAAAAAUAGGUAUCCAUUUCACUAGGACUAGUGAUGGGCCUGAACCAAAUUCCUAGAUCCAAAUGCCAUUGCAUUUGGUAUUUUUGAACCUGUUGGAGAUUUGUGGCUGAGAUUCAUCUCUGGUUACAGGUGCAUUUACUUGUGUGUAUUGUGCAUUUGGGGGACAUGUGUGUGAACAUGUGUGAACAUGUGCUUUUCCAGCAGCACAUGCCUGAGGGGGGACAGGGGACGCAUGUGCCAGGGAGUGUGCACAUGUUCACAGCUCAACUUCCAGCUGCAGUGAACUGUAAAGGUCAGCAGCAGCACACGAAAGCUUCUGUGGCUCACUUUUCAACUCUUUAAAUCACUACACUGAAGUAUUACAGUUGUACAGUUAUAUGUUCAUCUAUUCUUGCUCUGCUGUAACUUUUUAUGUAUUUUGUAUUGCAUAGAUUAUAUAUUGUGAUAAUGUCCUAUGCAACUAUAAAAGGAAAAAAUGAAAAAAAGAAGAAAAUUAAGAACUGUAAAAUAUUGUCUUGACUUGUAUGCAUGGUUAGUGAGGUUUACAUUUUCCAAAAUAAAACUUAUAACUAUGAAA